UUUAAUACUAUAAUAAUCAUUUGUAAUAUUAAUGAAAGCAUGGGGAACUAAUUAAUUUUAUAAUAAAAGCCAUCUUUCACCUACAAGAAUAUGAAUAUGAAUUAUUUUUAGGGAACGUUAUAAAAGACUUAAUAAGCAUUAUUCUUGCAGUUCAUCUUCUUGUUUGAAUAGCUAUAUGAUAGACGUAAAAAAAAUAACAAAUUUCGAAAGUUCAUAGAGUACAUAGGCUAUAUGUUCCGACGACAAUCAUCUAAUUGUCCUAAUUAAGGUAAGGUUCCUUUUAAACGAUUCUUAUUAAUAUUUAUGUCCUGACUGACCAAUAUAAUUCUAGUUUAAGUAGCUUUAAUAAGUUAUAAAUUAAGGAGAACUAUAAAAAUGAAUUAACUAUGUAUUACUUUCCGGUACAUAUCUAUUUAUCAGACAUACAUAUUUAAUGUGUCAACAUUCAACAGGCGAUAUACUGGUGUUUUUCACUUAGAAUAUAUAAAUACUUGUAUAUACUAUAGGAUAGUUUACUAGUUUUCUAUAUUUUCUUCAACUGAUUUAUUUGUAAUCUUAUUAUGAUAAAAAAAGUCAGCAAGAGUUGUAGUCUUGCUCCUAAAAGGAUAAAAAAGGAGUAUAUCAAGAUGGAAGGUACCCCUACCAAACUGAAUAUGCUAAUAUUAACAAUAAAAAGAAUAUUUGAAAUACUGUCGGAUAGAGUUCUCUUCAUUUGUAAAAUUGAACAAUAUUUGUUGAAAUAUGCCAUGUUUAUUCUUGAAAUUUUCCGAAAUGUAGCUGCAGAUAUAGGAUGAAGACGUUCUCUUGAAGUCCAUUUAUCUAACAAAGGGAAGAAACUAUUGGUCAUGAAUACUCUCGUGGAAAUAUAUUUUACUGUUUGUUCUUAUAAAUCAAUAGCUGCUUGAUUAACAAGAAGAGAGCAUUAUUUUAAUAUUUCCGUUUGAAAAUAAGUAUUAAUUAGCCAUUUCUACACGGUUUUUCGAUAGUUUUAAUUAGAAAUUUAGAAGAAACAAAUGUACACAAAUGGCAAGAAACCAUUCCGAGUCUACUAACUAUGCAUAUUUGUUUGUUUAUUGAUUAUUGUUUAUUGAAUCUUGACUAUAAAUUUAUAGCUAUGUAUAUAAAUUUCAUAUUUAUAGCUAUAAAUGCUAAAUAAACGAUAUAAACUUUAUCGUUAUGUUCAAACUAGUCCUGACAAAACUUAUUACGUCACUAUGGUUUAUAUUUAAUAAUAAAGAAAUGCAAUCAAGAUUGUUAAUCUAGGGUUUCUCUGAAUAAAACUACAGUAGAUGUCGCUUUAAAGAUUAUCUCAAAAUAAAUAUGUACAAAUUAAUGCAAUUCCUGUCAUGUUCUUUAAGAGACCAAAUAACUGACUUUAAACCUUAUUGCAGAAGAGGAAUUCUUAGAAUGUUAGGAAAUUAUGCUAUGUUUUCGAGAGGAAGGAAAAUUCCUAGAGUUGAAAAGAAAAAAAAUACUAAAUUUACGAGGAAAAGUCACAGCGAAGAUGAUUAUUCAAAUUUACCAGAGACUUAUACAAGUCUCAAUUCUACCUGGAAAACAAUAGAUAAUAUGAAAGAAUUUAUCGGACUUCCUAUGCAAUGUCUUUUGCCUUAUCAGAUAAGACAACCCGUGAAGAGAGCCGAAAGUAAAGACGUACGCACCUUAAAGACAAACUUUAAAAGUAAUUCAACAGAGAGUGAAUUGUAUAGUGAGGGAAAAAUAAGUACAAUAUAUAUCAAAAAAGUUAACGGUGGUUUGGGAUUAAGUAUAGUUGCCGCACGAGCCAAGGGAAGCAGUCAGUCCAACAGCGGUAUAUUUGUUAAAAUGGUCCUAAAAAAUGGAGCCGCCUACUUUGACGGAAGGCUAAAAGAAGGCGACCAAUUACUUGAGGUCAAUUGGCAAACUUUAUUAGGAGUUAGAGAGGAAACUGCUGCUCAUUUAUUAAAGCAAAGUGGACCAGUUGUAAGGCUUAAAGUUAAGAAAGGAGCGGCUUUUGAGGAAGGCGUCCUAAAAGUAAGAAACGGGUUUUCUUACGAUAAAAAGAAAAAUGAAAAUGAUCUGUUAAAGAAUGUCAGAAGAAGAUCUAUUUCAUUAGAUAUGCUCUUCGAACAUGAAAAACAAGAUUUAGUUGACGCAUAUAAAGAUUUAUGUAGGCAAGCAUCAAAAGUGCUCUAUAACGACGGUCCAAAAUCGUUUAAAAAUGCUGAAUUAAACUUGUUAAAGAAGCAAAAUUGUAUAAACUUGAGAAAAAAUUUCGAAAUUUCUCGCAAUGGAUCUUGGGACAGUGAAAGAUUUGAAAGAGAGAGAAGAAAGCGAAACCCUCUUCCCUCGAAACAAUAUUCUUUUCCUGGCAGUAAAUCCUCAACGUAAUUUCUUAAUAUACAACACUAUAUCUAUCUUUUGAAUAAUCAAAACAGAGGAUAAAGGAAUUAAAUAGGUUACGGAAGGAGAAAAUUCCUUUAGUCAGUAUAAAACUGUAUAUUAAACAUAAAAUAACAAGUCGAUUAGCUUACAAGAUUGAGUAAUGCCUUACGUUAUGACGAAUGCAAAAGAAGAGGAAAACGAGAGUGUUUUAUCUUUAUGUGACUUUAUAUAUAUGUAUAUUAUUUAUUAAUUUAUAUAUCACGAUAAAAAUAUAGCGAAAUAUAAUUUGGAAAAUAUAA